UACGGGACAUUCCAGGACUUCUUCAUUAGACACCACAAACCCGAGGCCAGGCCCCUUUGUGCUCCGAAUGAUAAGAAGAAAGCUGUUGUCGUGGCCGACUGCCGGAUAGUCGUAUAUCCCACCGUUGAGAAGACGCGCAAGCUCUGGGUGAAAGGAAACCAAUUCACUAUCGCCAAUCUGAUCCGUGACUUUGAUCGUUCGAAACCUUGGGAUAAUGGAGCAGUGGCUUGUUUCCGAUUGAGUCCCCAGGACUACCACAGGUACCAUUCUCCUGUGGAUGGAAAAGUAAAGUGGUUUAAGCAGAUUCCUGGCGACUAUUUCGAGGUUGAUCCUAUAGCCAUUCGGAGCUCUGUGAACAUUUUGACCGAAAAUGCCCGCUGUGUCGCUUGUCUUGAGACUAAGGAGUUUGGAGAGGUAUUGUUUGUCGCUGUGGGAGCAUCAGAUGUCGGAACGGUUGAGUUCCAUGAUGAGACGAUGACUGCGGGAGAACACAUCAAGAAAGGACAAGAGCUUGGACUCUUCAAGUUCGGUGGAUCGACAAUUAUGGUGGCCUUCGAGCAGGGCCGCAUCAAGUUCGAUGAAGUCCUGGAGCGCUGGAGUCACAACCAGAUCAUGGUCGAUGUAAAGGUUAACAACAACAUGGGGACUGCAGUCAGUGAGAAGCAGUGA